AUGGCAGCGUCCACCAAACGUGGUCGGCCGCAGAAAUCACCGUUUAGAAAAGGUCAAAAUAGACAAAAUGAUCGGCCUGCUCCCGGUAGAUUGGAUGAGGAGACAAUGGGUUAUUACAGAAGGGUUUCCGAUACUCUGAAAGAAGAAUUUAGCAGUGAAGAAGAGAAAGAGCUCUUUAUCCAGAAUGUUUUUGCGCAGACCCAGAAAGAAGAAAUAAAGCUAUCACAGAACCAGACUGUCAGCAGACUUAUCGAAAGUUUACUGCGAAGUGCUCGCCAGAAGGAAGUCACUAAAUUUUUUGCUGGUCUAUCAGAAGAUAUCCACAAGGUGUGUUUUGAUCGUUUUGCAGCAUAUGUUUUACAGACGGUUAUUACGCUCGUUCCUAAAUUCCUUGAUAGUGAGAAGGAGAAGGAGGAGCAGGAUGAUGAUGAUGAUGAUGAUGAUGAUCUUCCAUCUUUGGAGGAACUUUUGUUGCAAGUCUGCGGAGUGAUGAAGGAACAUCUCGGUGACGUCUUGGUGGAUACUUAUGCCAGUCACGUGUUGCGAAGUCUCUUGGAAGUACUCGGUGGCGUGCACAUAGCAGAGUCUGUGGUUAGGAGUAAGUUAUCAAGACAACAGCAAAACAAAGAAAGUACUAAACAAACAAAAGAAGCAAUCACAGAGAGAAGAAACGUUCCAAAGAAAUUCUCAAAGAAUUUAAAGAAAUUAACAAACCUUGUUAUGGAAAGAACAGAUAUUCACGAUUUAUUGCAAAAUCCAGUCAGUAACCCAGUGUUGCAGACACUGUUACUUGUCCUAAAUAAAGUAAAUAGCGCCCUCUGUGGUGAGUUGUCUGAAAUUCUUCUAUCAAAAUCAGAUGCUGUUAAAAAAAGUAAAGGCACAGAGGAUGAUUUGGAAGAAAGUCUUCCUACUAUUUUUUUACAUGAGGUUGGCAGCCAUCUUGUUGAGGUUUUACUCCAAAUUUCCUCUGAGGAAUCCUUUCAUCGUCUUUACUGUCAGUAUUUCAAAGGAAAGAUAUUGCAGUUUGCAGUUCAUCCAAUCGCCAAUUUUGUUUUACAAAAACUGAUCGCAGUUUCACCAACACGAGAAGAAUUUGAUGAAAUUUUUGAAGAGUGUAACAGCAUAAUGGAGGACAUCUUGGCAUAUAACCAUAUCGGUAUUGUGCUACGGUUGGCAGAAGGCUGUAUUAAAUAUGGUGUCAAGCAAGAGUUAUUGUUGAAAUCGCUACUGAAGGCCUUCCAUUGCUAUCGGCCGAAGACGAGACGAAGAAGCUGUGUGCAGUUAAUUGCCUCGUUUACAACCUAUGAAGUGUUUCACAAGUUGGAAGAUGAAAAAGAUGAGAAGGAUGAGGAGUUAAACUCUGAGGGAUGGUAUGUCAAGUUGUCCUGUACUAAACAUGGCAGUCGAACCAUUGAUGCUAUAUGGAAUGGCGCUACUCUGAAAAACAAGUACACAAUAGCUGAGGAGCUAGCCAAACGAGAGUCGCAGCUGAGUCAAGAUAUGUUUGGCCGAUUCGUCUACAGGAACUGUGCUAUUGGUUACUUCAAACAUCGACCAAAAGACUGGAAAGAUAUACAGAAAAGAGAAGAAAAGAAGAGAAAAAUGUUUGCGGAUCUUUUAGAGGAUGAACCUGUGAAUAUUGAUGUCAAGCCUGUUAUCAAAGAAACAAAGAAAUCUGUUUCAGUUUCUAUGUAUGAAACAGAAAUGAAAGCUUUGGGUUUCGAUGAAGAUGGGUUGGAUGAGAAAUUGCCUUCAGAGGAUGAAAAUUCUAUUGAUGUUUUGUUCAGCCAAUCAAAGAAGAGUUCUCGAAAACACGAAAAAACAGUUGAGCUUCAAAAUGAUAUCGCUGGGAAAAAACGAAAACACGAUAUUCCUGUUGAUACGUCACCAAAAAAAAUAAAGAAAAAGAAGAGUAAAACAAGAACAUCAUAACUAUAAUAAAUAUGUUUUA